AUGAGAGUAGGACUUCUGCGUCUUUCCGCAAUCUGGGUGUGUGUAACACUGUACUGCCAGGAAGGACAUGGACUCAGGAACAGAGUUUACUUGGAAGCUGAUAAGAACUGUGGACAAGUUAAAACACUAGAGGUCGGGGAACAUUUUAUCGUGGGCAGCAAACAUGGUGGUCAGGAGAUCCUCAAGGAAAACUGUGACAUUACAUUCAAACUGGCUAAUCAGAAGAGCAAGGACAGAAUUUGCAUAGAAUUUGAACAGCUGGACUUCAAAGGAAACUGUUACGCGUCCCUGUCUGUCAUUGACGUGAUUGAAGAUGCUGCGGUUGACGACGACGUUGACGGCAGCGUGUAUUCCGUGGCCAGGGAGGAGAAGCAGGUGGGUCUGUUCUCGUGUAUGCGGGAACCGCCUCUGGAAAUGUGUUCGAGCGGCCAGACGUUGAAAAUUCACCUGGAUCGUGGCUAUCACAUGCUUGAUAGAGAACUUGUUGUCUUCCUUCUUGAGAUUUACACAAAGAAUCCAGAUGCUCGUCCGACGGACAGCCCUUUCGAGGAGGCGAACACGUUCUGGUUCUUUGGCGACGAGCCGGCCCCGGUUCUCCUUCUCGUCAUCAUCGCGCUGUGUCUCGUCAUCACCAUCACCGCCACCGUCAUCGUCAUCUGCAUGCGGCUCAAGUCGCGUACCACGCGGACGCAGGUUCCCAUCCAGCCAGAGUACACUCGCGCAAACGGUGAUUUAUAA